AUGAACGGAGGGGGGCAGUCUAAUAGGAGGAAGACUAGUUCAACAUGGUGGCAGGAUAUUCUGGCUCUGGAUAAUGUCGCUCCCGAAAACUUCUUUGCUCAAAACUGUCGAGUUAGAGUGGCGAACGGUUACGAGGCGUCAUUUUGGCACGCAUGGUGGAUGAAUGAAGGAAUACUUAAAGACUUAUACCCGACGCUGUUUUCGUUUUCUGUUUUGCAGGACGUCUCCGUGGCUUCAAUGGGAGGGUGGUCCAAUAAUGGUUGGAGAUGGUCAGACCUUGGCAUUCCGCAAAGAGUUAUUGACGAACAGCUCUUAGCUUUGCCGCUCAGCAGCCUGCUAACCUCCCUGCCGUGCCUGAGUCCGUUGGGAACAGUUGCUGUCCCUCUAGACAGUUCUGCACAGAUGGCUUCUCCGCAUGGUUGCGUGCAGAAUUCUUCAGUCAUGGAGCAAGUGAAUGUUAAAGAUGCUGUUACUUGGUUGCUGGACAGUAGUGGCGCUUUCUCGGUCUCUAGCUGCUACCUUGCCGUUAGCGCGAAACAUAUCCCUAUGGGUCCGGUGGAAAAGCACGAUAAAGCUUUUAAGAUUAUUUGGAAGAUGUUUGUUCCAAUGAAGGUGAAGGCUUUCGCUUGGCGGAGUUUUUUUAAUAGGAUCCCGACUCGUGUCGCUUUGGAGGUUCAUGGUCUAAAUACUACAACCACAUGCUGUUUUUGUGGUGACUCUGAUGAAUCAAUCGAGCACUUAUUUCUUAAUUGUGUUGUAGCUACCAUGGUUUGGAAGGAUAUGGCGGAUUGGAUCGGGUGGAAAGCGGAAAAGUUCUCUACCAUGAAGGAGAGUUUCAUGAGGUGGUAUGGUUACUGCAAAUACAAGAAAAUGAGGCAUAGAAGAGAAGGGGUCUUAUGGAUGGCUACUUGCUGGAACAUUUGGUUGGUCAGGAAUGGUAUCGUGUUCAGAAACGAUACGUGGAAUAUCAACGACAUCGUUUGGAAUACAAAGAUUUUGGCUUGGAAGUGGUUAGUCAUAGGAAAAAUUAGUUUCACCAAUUGUAACUUUUAUAACUUUUGCAAAGAUCCUUUGCUUUUCAUGUCGUAA